AAAUUUUAUAAUAGAGUCAGUGCAGUGUAUGGUGGGGGGGAGAGAUAGAUGCUAAAAGAUGGAUAAAAUAACCAAAAAAAACUGUCCAUUCUCCUCCCCAUAAAUCUAUCUCUCUCUCUUUUUCCUCAAAUCCCAUCUUCUUCUUCUACUUCUUAUUAAGCUCCAUUGGGUUUAGAGAUUCUGGUGUAUAAACUGCUAAUGACGAGUAACCUUUUCCAGCCACCAUCAAUGGCAGCUUCACGAGGAGCAAUCUCGAGAAGAACAGGAAACGUGAAAGUAUUAGUCUCUUUCACCAGUUCUAAUGGCAAAACGCUGAGUUUUAGUGACAACUCAUUUAGGCUCAGACCCAUGUUCAUCGGGAAAGUCACAGAACAGAGUUCUUGUUCCUCCCCAAAUGAACAACAACAAGAUGAAGAACAAGAACAAGAACAAGAAGAGAUUACAGUUUCUCAUAUAAAAGAAGAGCUCUACGAAGCUCUCAAAGGGAUCAAUAGAGGGAUAUUCGGAGUUAAGUCGGAUAAAAAGACAGAGAUCGAGGGACUGGUGAAGCUUUUGGAAUGUCGGAAUCCGACACCGGAGCCGACUGGAGAGUUAGACAAGAUCGGAGGUUGCUGGAAACUCAUUUACAGUACAAUCACUGUAUUGGGUUCUAAACGAACUAAAUUGGGUCUUCGAGAUUUCGUCUCUCUUGGUGAUCUUCUUCAACAGAUUGACAUUGCUCAGGGCAAAACGGUCCAUGUGUUGAAAUUCGAUGUCCGGGGAUUGAAUCUACUCGACGGCGAGUUUAGAAUCGUCGCUUCCUUCAAGAUCUCGUCCAAAUCGAGUGUAGAGAUUACUUAUGAAAGCUCAACGAUCAAACCAGACCAGUUGAUGAACAUAUUUAGGAAGAACAUGGAUCUUCUUUUGGGAAUCUUCAACCCCGAGGGACUAUUCGAGAUUUCGUAUCCUUUUUUAAUUAAAAUCCAAAAUCGUAACUAGAAUUGUGUUUGUUAUGGAUUGGAUUCCUUGAUUCUGAGAAAUUAUUGCAGAUACUUAGACGAAGAUUUACAAGUAGGGAGAGAUGGGAAAGGGAAUGUUUUUGUUUUGGAAAGAAUAGAGAAACCUUAAAUCUUUUAUACCAAAAUGUUUACUGCAUUUUUUUCAAACUCAUUUCCAUAAGAAGAAAUUGCUUGUUUCUCAAGAAAAUUUUCAAUUUUUUCUUUGGUUUGGGUUAUGACCAUCAGUAUUUCUUCUUUCUUUUGGUUUAAAAGAAGAAGAAAAAUCUAGAUUUAGUCUUUUUUUUGUCUUGGGAAUGUUAGUAACUCCAGUUCAUUCAUUAUUGACAUAAUUGAUUCCUCAAUAAUACUGUAUAAGUACUAUUAGCUUGCUCCCAUCUGUUUACUUCUAAGUCCUAGUGUUGAUAUUACAACAAAAGAACUAAAGAAGAUGGUGAGAAAUGUUUUCUCACUAGAUAUUUGGGCUUAAAUGGGCCUUUAAUUUGAGAAUUGGGACUAGAAAAUGGGCUGGUAGUCCUAAUGGUCUACUCUACUCAUUUUGGGAUGCAAAAAUUUCACGUUGUCGUUCUCAUUUUUUUAAGUAA